AUGGACUACACCUCCCAGUAUGCAACACGGCAGCUUGGAGGCGGGGCUGCCAAGGUGUCGCCCGCGCGCGCACACUGCCCACCCGGGGCGGGGGGUGGGGACCCGCGCGAGAAGCUGUCCCAUCGGACUCCCAAGUGUGGAGCUGGCGCGAAACCAGAAGUUGGGCCUCACACCAUUUUGCACGGCUCGAGGCGGCUGUUGUCCCCAAACAGGAAUGAGAAGAAAAACCACACGAGCAAACUACAUGACCUGGCAUUGCUGCUCCCUGUGUCCCUGAAGAGUGGAAUGAAGAAGCUUACUAAGAAGGAGAUUCUGCUGUACGUCCUGCACUACAUUCACUACCUCCAGAGAAACAUCGAUGUCGCCAGGGCCUUGCUCAAGUGCCACAUUUGCGAUGGGGAAGGUGGACUUGGAGGGCUGGGUCAGGACCCAUCUGCCAAUCCAACAAGGCAGAAACACUCCACCCCCUCUGGCUCCCCAUGUUCUCAGAAUUCUUAUCUUUGGGGUGCCUGCCAGAAACCUCGGAAGAAGAAGUCUACCCGAGCAUCAGAACACCAGGCCCGGGCCCAGAAGCCUCGUCGCUCUCUGGCCUUGGAUAAGUCUGAGAAAUUGGUGACCACAUUCCCAGACCAGAAAGAAGGAAUCAUGGGGAGAUCCAUCACCCCUCCAAGAUGCCUCAACCCCUCCAAGCCUGCAUCAUCCUCAUCUCAAGGUGAUGGAGAAGAAGGAAGAUCCCAGCUGACACUGCUGGAUAUGGCGGAGGACAUCAUCCCCUAUGACAUUGAAAGUUGCUGGGAGCAGGAUGGUGCCCAGGACGAUGAGCCUGAGCCUGACUUGGAGGCCCAGAGAGCAAUUGAAAGGAUUUAUUUCCUCAAUAAGAUCCGUCUCUAUCCAAGGCAGAAGCUGGUCUCCUACGAUUCCAGCGAGGAGAACAAGGAAGCUUCAGAUGCCGAUCCUUGGCUUCCUGCCUGGACCUCAGAGGACAGCCCCCCUGGGAGCCCACUGGCCUUGGGGCCUCCCCAGAUCAAUACCUGGCAUGAGACAGGCCACCUGAGCGAUGUCUUAGGACUCAGCCCUUCCCUUUUCAGCUCCCCAAGCAAAAUACUGCCUGAGCAGACCUUGAAGGAUGACCGCUACUAUCUGACCAAAGGUCUCUUUGAAGAAGCAUUCUUACAGCCCGAGUCUCCACCUUCUGCUUGCACGCCUGAGGCUCCCCAAGAGAAGGAUGCACCCUCCCAGGCCCCUGAAGAGCCCCCUGACUCCUACACCCUAGGCCAGUCCUCUGUCUCACUGGACCACUGCUACCUCUCUCUGAGUGAGAACAGCAAGGCACUAUCCAGCCCCAGCUCUGAGGACACUGAUACAGAGUCCCUUUGGACUCAGGAAGAGGACACACAGGCCAACCCCAAAGGCUUGCAGUCUUCCAGUGAUGGCGACAAUGACUAUACCUGGACCCCCACCAGGCAGGCCUCAACCCUGUCCACAGCAGGGAGGAAGGCCAAGAAUAUCCGGGCUACCAGGGUUCCCCCGAAGCCCAAGGAGAGCAAGAAAGUCCCCUGCCCUGCCCAGGUGAAGAAGAAGUGUGUCAAUGGCUUCAUCAUGUUCUGCAGGAUGAACCGGAAGCAGUAUAUUCGAGCCUGUCCUGGAACUGCGUCCACUGCUGCCACCAAAGAGCUGGCCCAACUGUGGCGGGUGAUGACCCCUCAGGAGCGGAGACCAUACUGCAUCAAGGCACGCAGGUUCAGCCGGCAGCACAACCGUGUGGUGAAGCAGGACAACUCCAGCAGUGAGGAUGAGGACUGGGAGACCCCUAAGCCCUUCUACCAGCUGCUGGCCGAGAAGACCCGUGCUUUCCCAGACUCGGCCUUACAGAGAACCCCUCGUCACUAG